UGUGUUCCCCCAUUAACAUUCCUUUUUUUACGUCUGGCGUUAAUUAUGUUGCUUUCUGCGCUCGCUGCUGCUUCGUCGUGUGGGCCCUGUUUGUCUUGUGACCUGCACGUGCACCUCCUCCACACGUGUGCCAGAGACAGCGAGUUGGCAGUGUGCAAUUGAGCAGUUCCAAAUCUCUGUGAAUAUCUGUUGGGUAGUAACUAUAUAAGGCAUCGUGGCGGCAUUGUGAAUUUGACAGCUCUGUAACCUUGUAGGGUCCACGCUUUGUACGAGCUCCACACCGUUUCCACGAGAACAACGAACGCGAUGCUGCCACUUCCUCCAGAUCUGAAGCCAACAAUCAUCCAGAUGCAAAAUGGUGAUAAUGAAGAGCCAGAGCAGAACAAGUUGCCGGAGCCUGUGCAGAUGAACGGCCAGGGCGGUGGCGCCAAAGGCGGUAGCAAUGGAAAGCCAAAGAAGAAGAGAAGACGUUCCUCGUCGUCGCUGAUAUCGCAGAACGAGAUUGAGAAGCGUCGCAGAGAGCACAAGACCGCACACUCCAUCAUUGAGAAGAAGAGACGUAUCAGAAUGAACAGGGAGUUUGAGGCUCUCAAGUUCAUGAUUCCGGCUUGUAGAAACAACUUGAACUCUUCGAACAACAACGGUGAAGGGAUGUACAAGCUCACGAUCUUGCAGUCCACUGUGGACUAUAUCAGAUACCUCCACAGCAUUGUCAACUUGCAAAAGGAUGAAAUCUCCAAGUACAACCCUAGAUGGGCACAGGAGGAAGACCUGGACUUUGCCAACGCUGACGUUGACACUGACAGUUACAGAAACUUGGAGAACGAGUACGACUUUGCCAAACUGUUUGAUGACUUCACGGAGUACAAGAGUGAGCGUCUUGCCGCCGCAAGAAAUGCGAGUUCAACUAAAUCCCAUGGAAACCUCGCCGACGAUAGGCCCCUUCACGACACAACCAGUGUUGAAUUUAUCGACACAGCCGAUUUGGGAACCAUUUCCAAAUCUUCCACCACCACAAUAAGGCGUAAUUCCAUGUUGGACUUCAACAAGUUCCAGGCGCUGCCUUCGCCAAUCAUCACCCCAGAGCUAUACCCACAACGUGGAACGUCGUUCUCGUCAUCAACAGGGUCACACUCCGUCGGUAACAAUUUCAUCGCCCUACCAUCGAUGCAAGAUAAGCAGGGGUCACCAACUUUCAAGGAUUCCUUGGACUUUCAGUUCCCCAAGAACGCUGGGAACUUCCAAUUCAGCCAGCCAGGUAAACCGGCAAGACAGUCGCAAUCCUCGAGCCUCCAGGGCUCACCACAGAGCUCGCUGGACAUCAUCAACGAGAGCAUGGCACGCGACACGGAAACAUCAGCUUCUCAGGCACUUCUUUCAAUGAGAAGGGAUACCUCAGUAUCUAACAUCAGAACACUUUUGAACUAAUAAAUAUAAACACAAACUGGUUUUGUUUUCGUCUUUCCCUCUCGCUAUCUCUCCUCUUAGAACUAACCAACCGUAG